AUGUUUCGCCUCGCGCAGCUCGCACGGCGAGGCAAGCGGCGAAUUGUGCCGCACACAAUCGCCUCGCUCCCGGCCCCGUCGCUGCGCGGCGGCUGGGGGAAAAUCGGCGACAUGUCGCCGGAGGACAGGCGCGAGGUGCUGGAGGGCGCAUGGCGGCACGCGAAGCCCGUGCAGCUUUUGCCAGACGCCUCCGACCGCGACGCGGGCGGCUUCGUGGAGGGGGUGAGUUUCCGAACCGACGAGGAGGCGCAGGCGUUUCUCGCGGAGGAGAUGCGGGCGGACCGCGCCGAGCACGACGUUCCUGUUCUUCAACUGGCGCGGAGCUUUUUUGAGGAGUUGGCGGCGGCGGCGGACAGCGAGGUGGACAUGGAGAGUGCGCUGGAUACCACCGCCGCCGCUGACGCGGAACGUGCGGAGGAGGAGCGCGACGUGCAUCGUCGCUUCUUCGCGGACUUUUACGUGCAGCAGGGAAUCAUCCGCGCGGAGGAGGCGUGGAAGUUUGUGGACGCCAUGCUUCGCCCCCCAGCAGCGAUGGCGAUGGUGAAUGCGGGGAUGCCGUUUGUGCGUCUCAUGCUGCGGUGCCAGUUGGAGCAGCACCUGCGGGCGACGCAGCAGAGCGGCGUCGUCUUUUUGCCGCACCCCGUCUGCCCGCUGGUGUACGUGAUGGAGGCGGGGCCCGCCCCGCGCGGGGCGCAGAAGGCAUUGGCUGCGCCUGCCUGCGACGACGCCAACGCACCACCGACGUGCCUUUCCGUCGAGGCGGAGGCGGAGGCGGCGCCGGGGAGUAUCGAGAUGGACCUUAUGGAGGCACUAUUAAGCGAUGGGUCCGGCGUCCACGCGAUUCCGACUGCUCACGCAGCGAAAGACGCAGAGGCGGAGGGGGAGAAGAGCCCUGCUGGCGCGCUCACACCGGAGUCGGUUGGUGAGGCGGCGUUGGCGUUGCCUCCAAGGGUCCCGUGCGCCCCACUCUCCAUUGGCCACCUCUACUGGCUGCAGCGACAAGUGGCUGCAGCUACCCUUAUUGAUAUGGACGUGCUCGGCGUGCUGCUUCCCCUGCUUUUUGGACGCUGCCGCAAGGAGGGCAGUUCAACUAUUAUUUUAGACAUGUCUUCGCGUUCCCGCAAGGUGCAGCACUACGCCUACGGUCAGGACAUUGCCGGGCAUGUUGGAAUUUCACGUGCCGAUGUGGCGGAGGCGGGGGGAGAAAAGGCUUCAGAAACGGUCAUCGUCUCUCUUCUUUUGCCUAAACCUGCAUGGAGAAAACCGCGACGUCACCGUGACGCGUUGCAAAGCCCAAAGGCCACUUUGGAGGAAGUGCCUGCAGGCGAACCGACAUUUGGCAUGGGGCAUUUGCGCACCGCAGGUUACCAUGUGGGGAUUGAGAAUCGUGUCACGGCGUAUGGCUCCCCACAACACCUGUGGGACGCGUUGCGUGCAAAGUGUGAUGCCGUGCUUUGCUGUCCGGCUACAACGGCAGACGGGCGUAGGCCGCGCGCGGUGUUGGGGAUCAGCGCCGAGGAGGAAGAAACAGGAGCCGUCGCCAAUCGAUUUGUCUCUGUCUGCUCGAACGUCAUGAAGUUGUUUCCACGCCUGAGACGGGAGCUCGCGCAGGCGUUGGAGUAUGCCCGCUCCCACGGGGGCUUAGUUGUGUACGCGACAGACAGCAUGAACCCGCUUGAAAACGAGGCUGUUAUCUGCUCUGUUCUCACGGAGUUCAAGCGGAAAUACCCGGGGCGUGAGUACCGUCCCGUUUCUCUACUGGAGCGUCUUACAGAAGAGGACGCCGAAGUCUUGCGCUCCUGCAUGGCGCAGGGCCAACCGGGGCUGAGUACGUGGGUCCCAAUGCAGGAUGGGCCUCGGGAGCAGGAGCCGUCCUACUGCGAUGAGGAAAUUGCGUCGAUGGUCGCGCGUUACUCAUGGCGCGCCGCGCCACUGCGUAGCGACGGUGACGUCUGCUUUGUCUGUGCGAUUGAGAUUCAUGAGGGCGCUUCCAGUUUGCCGCCGUCGCCGCCGCCGCUGUCCUUGACCAGGAAGACUGAAACUCCAGCCCUCUCCGCCUUCCCUUGGCUGGACACCGCGAGGCUGCACGACCGCUGGGGCCUGCUCAUCCACCAUCGCGAGGAAGAAAAUGAGUUUGUGGCUGCCACCCCGGCGACGCUUCGCACGAUUAACUCUUUGAAUUCGACACGGCGCGAGCGUGGCUAUGAAAUCAUUGACUACGGUGCGUGCCUACAUUCUCCUUCCGAGUCGCACUCGCAGGCGCAGGAAGGCGUCAUUAGUCCUUCGUUGAGUGGGACGCUGUUGGCGCUCGCACUUUGUGACUCCACACACGUGAAUUGCCGAUCCUCCCGCGUCCUGGAAAUUCCCGUCGUGGCCCUCCUGGAGCUGCUACACACCAGGCGUAUUUCGUUGCGACGUGUGGGUGCGCUGCUGGGUGGGGUUCCACCAGCGUGGGAUGCACUUGCCCUGGCUGAAGGGGUGUCGAACGUGUUUCUAAAAGCCGCAUCGCCCGCAGUGGGGGAGCCAGAAAGGGCUGACAUGGAACUACAUGAGGCCGUGAGGAACGAGCUGGAUAAGCUGGUGGUGGUGGCUCAGGCACAAAGGCGCCGCUGUCCGCGGACGCGGACGAACACGGCCGUUCUGACCUUGGCGUGCGCCACGACGCGCGAGCGCGGCGAAUUGGAGGCGCGUGUGGUGGCGAUCGGGGACGCGCUGCGCUACCUGCUGCGCCGCCUGGGCCACCCCGCGGCGGUGUGGGGAGCCACUGGCUGUGCCAGCGAGGAGGGGCCGCAGGUGCGGGAGGACGAGUACGAGGUGGUGGGGCCGCCUCCCUCCGCCGCCGCUUCUUCUGCUUCUGCCUCCGCGUACACGGAGGGUGAUGCCCACGACUUGCUUGGCCGCCGGGAGAGUUCGCACCAGAGGAGGAGCCUUCAGAAAUUGGGCCGCACGCUGCGCUUGCUGGGCGGCACUGCCGACGACGGCCCGGUAAGUGACUGGGAGAGGGAUCUGCGGCACACACACCGUGGGAGCCGUUCGGCCGCGACCUCAGCUUCCUUGCGCGGCGCCUGA